AUGGACUGUAACGAUGAUCAGGAGUCCAACGGCGAGAGCCUUCGCGAUCACCGCUGUUGCGUUGUCGCCGAUGGGGCGAUCAUCGUGGGGGCCGGGCCGUCGGGGCUCGCGGUGGCAGCCUGCCUCAAAGCGAAGGGCGUGCCGUGCCUCGUCCUCGAGCGCGCCCGUUGCGUCGCGUCGCUCUGGCAGCUGAAAACCUACGACCGCCUCCGCCUCCACCUGCCGAGGAAGUUCUGCGAGCUCCCGUUCAUGCCGUUCCCCCGCGGGCUCCCGACGUACCCGACGAAGAAGCAGUUCGUGUCCUACCUCGAAGCGUACGCGGAAGCUUUCGGCAUCCGCCCGGAGUUCGACGCGACGGUGGGGAGCGCAGAGUACGACCGCGGGGUGUGGCGGGUGAUUGCGGAGGGGAGUGAGGGGGAGAGGAAGGAGUACGUGAGCCGGUGGCUGGUCGUGGCCACCGGAGAGAAUGCUGAGGCGGUGGCGCCGCGGAUAGAGGGGAUGGGGGAGUUUAAGGGGUCCGUGGUGCACACCAGCAUGUAUAAAAGUGGGGAUGUGUACCGUGGGAAGAGGAUCCUCGUUGUCGGAUGCGGUAAUUCGGGUAUGGAAGUGUGUUUGGAUCUCUUCGACCACAAUGCUCGCCCCUCCAUCGUAGUGAGAGACACGGUGCAUGUCCUACCCCGGGAGAUGCUUGGGAUCUCCACUUUCGGGCUGUCGAUGUGGUUGCUCAAGUGGUUCCCCAUUCGGGCGGUGGACCGCCUCCUCCUCCUACUCGCUCGACUCGCGCUCGGCGACACCGCACGGCUCGGCCUCAACCGACCCUGGCUCGGCCCGUUGGAGCUCAAGUCCCUCACUGGGAAGACCCCGGUCCUCGAUAUCGGGACCCUUGCCAAGAUCAGAUCCGGCCACAUUAAGGUGUUCCCUGCAAUAAGACGGUUUACGAAGAAUGGAGCUGAGUUUGUCGACGGAAGGUUGGAGGAUUUUGACGCAGUCGUUCUCGCCACAGGCUACAAGAGCAAUGUGCCUGCUUGGUUAAAGGAGCAAGGGUUGUUCUCAGAGAAUGAUGGGCUACCGAAGAGACCCUUUCCCAACGGUUGGAAAGGAGAAAACGGACUCUAUGCGGUCGGGUUCACUAAACGCGGCUUGUUGGGUGCGUCGAUUGAUGCUACAAGGAUUGCUAACGAUAUCGAAAGAAUUUGGAAAACUCAACAUUAAACAUGCAUGGUGCUCUCUUGGUCCUCGACGUGACAAAUUUUGGACUUAGUUAAUUAGAUGUAGAGUGUUCUAUAUAGUUUUGGUAGGAAUUUAC